AAAUACUCUGUCCACACACUCUAUUUCCUACCACCAUACUAUAGUGCUGGCGAGAGGUUUGAAUUUUCAUAGAGGAAGAGAAGGAAACAGAGCAAGCAACAAUGGCAGCCUCAUUACAAGCAGCGGCCACCCUCAUGGUGGGAGGCGUUCAGGGCCGGAGCAGCCUGCAGCUGAGGUCUUCUCAGGGCGUGUGCAAGGCCUUUGGCGUCGAACAAGGCGCUGCCAGAUUGAGCUGCUCUCUCCAGAGUGAUCUCAAGGACUUGGCUCACAGAUUUGCUGAUGCCGCCAAGCUUGCUGGCUUUGCUCUUGCCACUUCUGCACUCGUCGUCUCGGGUGCAAGUGCUGAGGGAGUCCCAAAAAGGCUUACCUAUGACGAAAUCCAGAGCAAGACAUACCUAGAAGUAAAAGGAACUGGAACUGCCAAUCAGUGCCCAACCAUUGAAGGUGGUCUGGACAGCUUUGCCUUCAAGCCUGGCAAAUACAACAUGAAGAAGCUCUGCUUGGAACCCACGUCAUUCACUGUCAAGGCCGAGGGUGUGGGCAAGAACGCCCCACCAGAGUUCCAAAAGACCAAGCUCAUGACCCGCUUGACUUACACCCUCGAUGAGAUUGAGGGACCCUUCGAAUUGUCUCCCAAUGGGACGGUGAAGUUUGAGGAGAAAGAUGGAAUUGACUAUGCUGCCGUCACUGUUCAGCUCCCUGGUGGUGAGCGUGUGCCCUUCCUCUUCACCAUCAAACAGCUGGUGGCAUCCGGCAAGCCAGAGAGCUUUGGUGGAGAAUUUCUGGUGCCAUCAUACAGAGGGUCAUCUUUCUUGGACCCGAAGGGAAGGGGUGGGUCUACCGGCUAUGACAAUGCGGUUGCACUUCCAGCCGGAGGCAGAGGGGACGAAGAAGAACUUACGAAGGAGAACAUAAAGAACACUGCAUCGUCUACCGGGAAAAUCACCCUGAGUGUUACCAAGAGCAAGCCUGAAAGUGGGGAGGUGAUCGGAGUGUUUGAGAGCAUUCAGCCUUCUGACACUGAUUUGGGGGCUAAGACUCCAAAGGAUGUAAAGAUCCAAGGCAUAUGGUAUGCUCAACUUGACUCAUAGAGCUUUGAAGGGAAAAUAUUCAUGUAAUUAUCCUUGGAUUGGAUUUUGUGACAAGUUAUUCAAGUCUUCCUAAACUGAAAUCAUGGGCCUCUUGGAAAAUUGUUUGAGCUUACUGUUGUGUUGGUAUAUUAUCAUGGCUCUUCUUAAUUGCAAUAAUGUUACUAGAUUUCAA